UUUUUUUUUGUUUUUUUUGUUUUUUUAUUUAUUUAUUAUUAUUUACUUACUUACGUACGACGUAUAGUGUGCAGUUAUAAAGAUAUGGCUACAACUGUGAAAAUUAAUGUUAACAAUAGUAAACAAGAAGAAAAUGUAGAAAAUAAUACGCAUCGACGUCAAAAAUCUCGUAGUGGAUUAGAAAUUAAUACAGAUUUAAAUAAAACAAACGCAUUCUUUUAUACUCCAGAUUCAUCUACGAAUACACCACGUCCACCUCCUUCUCUUUCACGUAAAAUAUCAAUCAGACAAACGGCUACUUCACCUUGGAUACCCGAAGAUGAUCAACAACAGCAAGAAAAUUAUCGUGAUAGUUAUGCUAACAGACUUAGACAUCUUGUUGCUUCCUCUUCACGUCUAUCUACUCCUACUCAUUUGAAUCCAAAUAACGAAAAGGAUUCACACUUAUCAACUGAAAGGUUCCUUGUUUCUUCUUUACCUACCCCUACACCUGAAUCCUCCCAACAAACAACAUCAACAUCUACUACUACUACCACUACUCAUAAUGCAUUUUUAUUUCCAAGUCAAGCCGAAAUACAAGAAAUACCUAUCAUCUCUUCUACUCUAGAUCCUCAUCUAUUAUCAUCUCACGAAGAAGACACGAUACAUCAUUCUAAACUAUCAUUUAUACCCAAUCAUGAGAAUGAGGAUGAGAAUGAUGAUAUCGUGGGUCACCAGAUUGGUGCUGAUUAUCGUAUCUGUAAAUUAUUAGGUGUAGGGGCCUUUUCAAAAGUAUAUUUAACUCAUCAUUUGACAAGAGAUCAAUUCUUUGCUAUCAAGACGAUAAAGAAAGGAAAAUUAUUCGAUGACUCUAGAGUAAGAUCAAGUAUACUAAGAGAAAUUAAUAUAUUAAAAUCUAUUCAGCAUCCUAAUAUUGUACAUUUGGAAACAACCAUGGAAACAGAAAAGAUGGUUUGUAUUGUAUUGGAAUAUGUUGAAGGCGGUGAAUUAUUUGAUUUUGUAAAAAAGUUGCAUAAAGGAAAUCAAUCUAUGAAUGAAAUUCAAGUGAGGACAUUAUUUUUACAAUUACUACAUGCUGUUAAAUGGCUACAUGAAAGAAAUAUUGUUCAUCGUGAUUUAAAAUUAGAAAAUAUAUUGAUUCAUAAGGACGAUCAUGGAGAGAUGGUAUUAAAAAUUACUGAUUUCGGUUUAGCACGCGUCAUCGAUCCUAAAUCACCUUUAUUGGUUACACGUUGUGGCAGUGAAGAAUAUGCAGCACCUGAAAUUAUUAAACAAGAAAAUUAUGAUGGUAGAAAGACGGAUAUUUGGUCGUUGGGUAUCAUCUUGUAUACUCUCUUAGUUGGCUAUUUACCCUUUCGAUAUGAUCCACGUAAACAAGAACGCGUUUCUCAAUUAUUUUAUCGUAUCGUUCGUGCGGAAGUUAAAUGGCCUCAAGAUGCUAUCAUCAGCGACGAAGCUAAACAAGUCGUUCAUGCUAUUUUAGAAAGAGAUCCUCAAAAAGAAUUUCAAUACAAGAUAUUGAACUCUUACCUUGGUUCUUGGAAAAAGAGUUAAUGUGAUUGGGCCAAGAUUCACGUGAAAAAAAAAAAUAAUAAUAGAAAAAUAGAAAAAAAAAAAAGCUUAUGUAUAACUAAGAAGAACCUUUUUUUUUU